GCCGAUGUUGCGGGUGAUGAUUUGGAGGUUGUAUCUGCAUCUGUUGCUGGAAAAAAGCGAGGCGAGAAUGAUGAUACUAUUGACACUUCCACAAGUAAAAAGAGGGUGACCGAUUCUGAACUUGUAAGUCAGGAGGAAGCGCUGUCACUCAUUCCACCUCCGAUUGGGUUUUUUCCAGAUGCACCGGCAUCAAAGUUUACUACAUCAGCGGUUGAAAAAUCACCGAAAGAA